AUGCCCAUUACUUUCCGCUCUCUCAGUUCCGUCGACAGUGCCCCCGGCAGCCCACAGAGUGGCACACUAUCGACGCCCCCAGUGCCUCACAGAGGCUACAAGGAAGUUCCAUACAGACCACCAGGCAACGAUCAUGUCAGCUUAAGCAUGAAACACAGCAAUCACCGGCACGACCCGCACAAUGCGUCCUCGCGGACGGCUGCUGCCGUCAAAACAGAAAGUCGCAGGCGCAGGAACCAACCAACUGGUUCCCGGUCCCGGACGCGCAGUUGUUCAUCGUCAACUGUGCAGCCUCGAUUUGACGAGGGUACAGUUGAAACAUUUGGGGAUGCACCUGAAAGCCCACCAUCAAGAGCAAGACGGUGGACAAUAUCCUCCAAAGCCGCCGCGACCCGCGGACUUGCCACUCUUGUGCCGGCCAAUGACACACCCGACAGAGGGAAUGCAGACAGCCAUUCCAACACCUAUGAGAACCAAAGCCCAGCAAUGAUCACUCUGCGGCGGGCAACUACAGCCAGCCCACAAAGACAAACGACAACGCUAACCUCAUUCCCACCACCCAAGUUCAGUCGCGACAGUAAUGGACUCCUAUCCUCGUUUCUUAACACGAUCGCGAGCUACAGCGACACGCCUGUCUACGCGCUUGAGGAGUCGGGGCUGACGAAGCAGGUCGCACAGAGUUCACGAAGACCCUCGACAUCAAGCACAAACGACGAAGUCCGCCCUUCAACGGGCGCUCUCGCACCACCUGUGCAUACCGAGGUGGUAGCGCUAGAACCGCGCCUAUCGAUAUCCAGAUCGAAUCAGUCCGCCAGCUCAAUGCGCCGGUGCUCCACUCGCUACAUCUCGGAGAAUGCGGUAUAUGAGAUUAUCUGGGACGAGAAUCUGAGUUCCUCUGCCAGCUCGGAAGGCGGGAACCCCAGCCCUCGUGGCAGAGGCUCCAGCCUGCAGACCCGGGGACUUGCCGGAACAGAAACACUGGAGAGACGACUGUCCAAUGCUCUUUCACGCACAGAGCGAGCCUCUACGGAUGAAGGCCGGAGUAGAAGGACAAGCUAUGUGCCCGGCAUGGAAUUGUCCUUGCAGAGCAUCUGGACCAACCCCAAAAUUGCUCGGCUAUUUCGGGAGCCAGCAUCCGAAAGGCUACCGCGUUCUAAAUCCUCGACAAAGACAAGCAAUGUGUUCGCUUCAUUGUCAACGGACGUGGGCUCGAGCCAAGCUCUCUCACGGUCCUUCCCCAAUCGCGUUGAGUUCUUCCCUUCUUUCAGAAGUCGAGCGAACACGAAUGGCGGUGGGCAUGGGGUGAAUUUGAUGUAUGGACCAGCGCAGGAUGAUUCGCAGGGAGAUACACAAGCGGACCAGAAUGCCUUCAGUUAA